AUGGAAUCUACGGGUGACAACAAGGAAGACCAGAUCACACAGCUCAAGGCGUACUUGCAGACGAUCAUGGCAAAGCAAGAAGAACUGAAGAAAGCAUUGUCAGUCAAGAACCAGAAAGCAGCUGCAGCUCGACGACUCAGUACGCAAAUCCAGGGCCAGUCACUGCGUGGUUUGAUGGACGUAAGCGACAGCGACAAACACGGGGCGGAGACGCCUGGGAUGCAAAAGCGAUUGGAUGACUACUGUCAGAACGUGGAAGAACUCGAGAAGGAAUUAGAAGAAACGACAAAGUUGGUCAAUCAAGUGACCUUGGCGCUUUCUGUAUUGCCGGCGGAUAACACGAGAUGCCACCAAUGUGGUUGA